CUCGGUUGUCGCGUCUCUUCUGACGCCUCAGACAACAUGGCGGCAGAGAGUGGUAGCGACUCGCAGCUGAGGAGAAGAAGGCGCCGGGACCCAGAGGGAUCAGAAAAAACGGAACUUAGCGAGCGAGAUCCGGCACUGGCAGUGGCCGGGAGCGAAGAACAUGAUGAUGAGAACGAAGAGCGCUGGGUCGGGCCUUUACCGGUGGAGGCGACUCUUGCCAAGAAGAGGAAAGUUCUAGAGUUUGAAAGAGUCUAUCUUGAUAAUCUUCCCAGUGCAUCCAUGUAUGAGCGCAGUUACAUGCACAGAGAUGUUAUCACACAUGUGGUAUGCACCAAGACAGACUUUAUUAUCACCGCCAGUCAUGAUGGGCAUGUUAAAUUUUGGAAAAAAAUAGAAGAAGGAAUUGAGUUUGUUAAACAUUUUCGUAGUCACCUUGGAAUUAUUGAGAGUAUUGCAGUUAGCUCUGAGGGAGCAUUGUUCUGUUCUGUCGGUGAUGAUAAAGCAAUGAAGGUGUUUGAUGUAGUGAACUUUGACAUGAUCAACAUGCUGAAGCUUGGCUAUUUUCCUGGACAAUGUGAGUGGAUAUAUUGCCCAGGAGAUGCCAUAUCUUCAGUUGCUGCUUCUGAGAAGAGUACAGGAAAAAUUUUCAUAUAUGAUGGUCGAGGAGAUAACCAGCCACUUCAUAUUUUUGACAAACUCCAUGUAUCCCCUCUUACUCAAAUAAGACUAAACCCAGUUUACAAAGCCGUGGUAUCUUCUGACAAAUCUGGAAUGAUUGAAUACUGGACUGGACCGCCGCAUGAAUACAAAUUCCCUAAAAAUGUGAACUGGGAGUAUAAAACAGACACAGAUUUAUAUGAAUUUGCCAAGUGUAAGGCAUAUCCAACCAGCAUAUGCUUUUCACCUGAUGGGAAGAAAAUAGCAACCAUUGGAUCAGACAGAAAAGUUAGAAUUUUCAGGUUUUUAACUGGAAAACUCAUGAGGGUCUUUGAUGAAUCAUUAAGUAUGUUUACUGAACUGCAGCAGAUGAGGCAACAACUACCAGACAUGGAAUUUGGCCGACGAAUGGCAGUAGAACGUGAGCUGGAGAAAGUGGAUGCUGUAAGACUAAUUAAUAUCGUUUUUGAUGAAACUGGACACUUUGUGCUAUACGGAACAAUGCUGGGCAUUAAAGUAAUAAAUGUAGAAACGAAUCGGUGUGUGCGGAUCUUAGGCAAGCAAGAAAACAUUAGAGUGAUGCAGCUGGCUUUGUUUCAGGGAAUAGCCAAAAAGCACCGAGCUGCAGCUACCAUAGAGAUGAAAGCGUCUGAAAACCCUGUUCUUCAGAAUAUUCAGGCUGACCCAACAAUAGUCUGUACAUCUUUCAAAAAGAAUCGAUUUUAUAUGUUUACCAAACGAGAACCAGAAGAUACAAAGAGUGCAGAUUCUGACAGAGAUGUUUUUAAUGAGAAACCUUCAAAAGAAGAAGUCAUGGCAGCUACUCAAGCUGAAGGGCCGAAGCGAGUUUCAGAUAGUGCCAUUGUCCACACAAGCAUGGGGGACAUUCACAUCAAACUUUUUCCUGUUGAGUGUCCCAAGACUGUGGAAAACUUCUGUGUUCAUAGCAGAAAUGGUUAUUAUAAUGGACAUACAUUCCACCGUAUAAUAAAGGGCUUCAUGAUUCAGACGGGAGAUCCAACAGGUACUGGUAUGGGGGGAGAAAGCAUAUGGGGAGGAGAGUUUGAGGAUGAAUUCCACUCGACAUUACGACAUGACAGACCGUACACACUCAGCAUGGCCAAUGCUGGAUCAAAUACAAACGGAUCCCAGUUUUUCAUAACAGUAGUACCAACGCCUUGGCUUGAUAAUAAGCACACCGUGUUUGGACGAGUGACUAAAGGAAUGGAGGUUGUGCAGAGGAUUUCCAAUGUUAAAGUCAAUCCCAAAACCGAUAAGCCUUAUGAGGAUGUCAGCAUCAUAAAUAUCACUGUCAAGUAAACUGUGUUUUGUUACAUUCACAAGUAAAGGGGAUUUAUAAUAAUACAAGACUGUUUCACAUUUGGAAGUUUAAAACUUGCUGAAUAUGUAAAUCAUGUUUUAAAAGAUAUAGUACUGUAUUUUUGUAUUUUUUACUUAAAGGCCAUUUUUAAAAAACUGCCUUUGAUUUUUUUCUUGGAAUAUUUGUGAUUCUGAGGGGUGACAAAUUGGAAUACACUAAAUUCAGGCAAAUAACCUUCUUUUACAGGUCAAUCCUGUUAUUAUGACUCAAAUUUGGUAUUAAAUAAUGGGUUCUUUUUCAAAAAUAUGCCCUUUUUAGGUUUAGUAGUCCUUAAAAAAAAGAAAGAUCAAAAGAUAUAUUAUUCCUUAAUAUUAUAAAAUAUCCUUUCAAAUGGAAGUGUCAAAUGACUAGUUAUCUGCUUUUCCUAAUGUAACUAAUUUUCUAUCAAGUUACAGCUUAAUUAAAUCUUAAAUGUAAUAUUAAAUAUCUGACAGAUAUGAUUAAUAGAGAAAGGGUAGCUAUAAACUGACUGCAGUGGCUCGUGCCUGUGUGUAAGAGCUAGAGGCAGGUCAGCCUAGAUUACAUAAUGCCAGAUAACAAAUUUAACAGUAAAUGAGUUUAUCUUUUAAAGUCUACUGAUAUUCUUCUUCACCUCCCUUUGCCAUAACUGACUGCUAACAACUGAUACUGGCUUCCAGGCAGCCUCCUUCAGAAAUGUAGAGGAGAACAUCUCAGCAGAGCUGCUUCAUGAGCCCUGUUCCCACCACUGACCAAUAGCAUCAUUUUACUUUGUGUAGAAACGAAGCCCUGCAAGAUUGAAAACUCUGUCUAAGUGUGCCUUACAAGUGGAGUGUGCUCUCCUUUUAAAAAUAAUUUGAACUUACUCCAUUAAUAGCUCUGUUACAUUUCCCUUAUUUCUUAACUACACGUUACACUUAUCUACCUAAUCUUGCUUUAUCUAGUCCUAAAGCCAUAAUGUAAAAUUUUGGUAAUACUGCCAUCAAGUGGUAAUAAUGCCUCACUCCUCAAACAUUAUUUCACUUUCAAUGAAGAAUCAUAUGCACUAAUGAAAUUUGUUUUCAGAUCAUUUUAUUUGAAAUAGGAACUCAUGUAUCCCAGUCUGGCCUCAAAGUCUCUAUGUAGCUAGUGAUCCCAAGUGGUAGGAUCAUGGCCACAUGCCAUCAUGCCCAGUUUAUGCAGUACUGAUGAAGCUUGAACCCAGAGCUUUGUGCAUAUUACCAAGUAUUCUACCAACACAAUCUCAUACUUAGUCUGUUUUCUUCUGGAUUCUGUAUACAGGAGUACAUCAGUCUUCACUGUUACCAUUUUGUAAAAUGAGAACUUUUCUAAUGGUAUGUAGGUAUUAAAUAUUUUUUAGUAUUUAGACAAGUUUUUCAAGCUCACCAACCCCCCUUUCUUGGUGGGGAUGGAAAUGGAAUCUAGGGUUUUAUUAAGCAUUCUCUCUACAACUGAGCCAUAUCUCCAGGCCAUAAAACCACUAUAAUUACAAUAACAUGUAAUGGACCAUGUAAAUGGUCAUUUUAAAUGUUCUUUAUUCUCCUGUGAAACAAGGUUAAAUUUAAAUUAGCCUUGUAUAUUAACCUUUGAAAAGCUAAAGAAUUUUCACUCUUGUUUAUGCCAACAAUUCAGCUUUCCCUUCAAACAGUAUUUUUUUAACCUUUUAUGUAUAUGUUAACUAGAUAUAGAAUAACUUAUUUCUAAACCUUUGCAUUAUCAAAUAAACCUUCUCU